GUUUGUUGACUGGUGUUGUUGUGGACUCUGGAGAUGGUGUGACUCAUAUUUGCCCAGUUUAUGAAGGUUUCUCUCUCCCUCAUCUCACCAGACGGUUAGAUAUCGCUGGAAGGGAUAUCACUAGGUACCUCAUUAAGCUCCUCUUACUGCGUGGGUAUGCUUUCAACCAUUCUGCUGAUUUUGAGACUGUUCGCAUGAUCAAGGAAAAGCUAUGCUACGUGGGAUACAACAUUGAACAGGAGCAGAAACUGGCAUUAGAGACCACAGUACUAGUUGAAUCCUACACACUCCCAGAUGGCAGGAUUAUCAAAGUUGGUGGAGAACGGUUUGAGGCACCAGAGGCUCUCUUCCAGCCUCACUUAAUCAAUGUAGAGGGGGUUGGUGUGGCUGAAUUGCUGUUUAACACCAUCCAGGCUGCUGAUAUUGAUACCAGGUCUGAAUUCUACAAGCACAUUGUGCUGUCUGGAGGGUCCACCAUGUACCCUGGGCUGCCUUCACGACUGGAGCGGGAACUUAAACAGCUCUACCUGGAGCGAGUUCUGAAAGGAGAUGUGGAAAAACUCUCGAAAUUUAAGAUCCGAAUUGAAGAUCCACCUCGUCGAAAGCACAUGGUGUUUUUGGGUGGCGCAGUUCUAGCAGACAUCAUGAAAGACAAAGACAACUUCUGGAUGACCCGACAAGAAUACCAAGAAAAGGGAGUGCGUGUGCUGGAGAAGCUUGGUGUGACUGUUCGAUAAAUCCCAAAGCUUGUUCCCAUCACAUGUCUAAAGCUUUUUUUUCUUUCAUUGCCAAUCUCUGAACUCACUCAGCUACACGCUAUGGAAAGGCCUGUCUGUGGCCUUUUGACCCAAAGGUCAGGUUUUAUUCUGGUUUCUUGGGGUAGCUUUUGUUAAAUGUUUCUUAAUGUGGCUAAAUUUGACUAUUAAAUUUGACCACUUCCCUGCAAACAAAACAGAGAAAGAGCAGCCUGUCUACUUCAUUGUUCCCUCUCAGUAGGCAAUUGGGUAAUUCUGGUAGGCUUUUUCUUCUGGGUUUAUUGCUGUAGUACUGCUAGCUUUUGUCUCUAGUUCACAAGGGGUUGUGUGCCUUUUUUAGCAUAAGAAAAUGUUUAAACAGGAGUUUUUGCUAUUGGAUCAUUGUGGUGGUUAUCUUUGCAUCUUUUUGCCUCUCUCUACAUUAAGAUUAUUUUUUUUCUUUCUGCAGUUAGGAAUUUUGAUUAAACAUUGCUAGAAACUAGUUUAGCUGGAAUGGCUUUAACACACUGUUUCAAUGUAAUGUGGUUCCAUAUGCACUGCUGCCUAAACUGUCUUCUGAGGUGGUUUAUCCUUAAAGGUGGUGGAGGGGCUUUUAUACUGUAUUUCUCUAAGUGGGCAUGUACACAGUUGCCACAGAGAAACACCUGAUAUACUGGCAAAUGUAAAUUUGUGGCCUUAGGUGUCUUUUUCUGGAGGGAGGAGACAGGUUUGAGCUGUAUCGCUUUUCUGUUAAGGGACAGCUGGAGGUCAGUCUGACCAAAAAUGCCUCUUUUUAUAGCUAAAUUUUGGUACUGUGUUGUCUCAGCAUAGGAAGCAAGAAUGUUAAAUUAACUGUUCUGUAAUUGUUGAGAAGCUUAGAUAUGCUGAGACAGGAGCCUCUAAACUUAUGAAGAGAUUUAAUACUUUCAGAAAUGCUUGUGAAAACUGUAACUAUAGAUAUUAUAACCCCAAAACUAAGUUUUAAAAGUCUGAUGUUUAAGUGCUUGUACGUACAUCAGAAGCACUUCCAUUAAACUUUACAAGUAUAUUAACCUAGUGCCAAGUAGUUACUGCAAAUGAAUAUUUCAAUGACCAGUGUUUAUUGCAGCAAGCAGAUAUUUAUAAACAACCACUGGCAGUAGGUUAUAAAGAAUGACCUAUAUUUGUUCCAGUUAAAAAUAACAUUGGAAUAUGAGAUGUUGUUUGGUAAAUAUCCACAAUUCAUUUUGUCCAGUCUUGAUUUUUGAUACUUUACAUGGGAUGGGGAAGGAAGUGAAAACAAGUGAUGAAAAUGCUGUUUCCAGAAAGUACAUUAAAGCUGAGUUGUUCU